AUGAAGACAGAAACGACCAUUCAAGGAUUAACAGCAUCACUUCAGCCUGCUCGAUCGGCACGUAAAAUCAUUGGUUUUGUACCGACGAUGGGAAAUCUACAUCAAGGUCACUUAAAUCUGGUUCGUGAAGCUCGUAAAUUAUGUGAUGUGGUGGUGGUCAGUAUUUUCGUGAAUCCAAUCCAAUUUGGACCGAAUGAAGAUUUUGAUAAUUAUCCUCGUACACUUGAGCAAGACAGUAAUUUACUUGCUGAAGUGGGUUGCGACAUUGUUUUUGCACCUUCUGUGGAACAAAUGUAUGGUAAAUUCCCACGCUUAACCAAUAUUAGUGUGGGCGAAAUUACUAAUGAUUUGUGCGGAUUACAACGUCCAGGUCAUUUUGAUGGUGUUGCUGUUGUUGUCACCAAAUUGUUUAAUAUUGUGCAGCCGAACUUUGCAUUUUUUGGACAGAAAGAUUAUCAACAAUUGGCUGUGAUUAAGCAGGUUGUUCGUGAUUUGAAUAUGCCAAUUGAAGUGAUUGGUGUGCCAAUUGCACGUGCUGAAGAUGGUUUGGCCUUAAGUUCUCGUAAUGGUUACUUAUCUGAACAAGAUCGUCAAACAGCUCCUGUUAUUUUUAAGAGCUUAACGACUGCUGAACAAGAUUUACAUGCAGGUAAAACACUUGCAGAUGUCUUGGCGCAAAUUCGUGAAAGUUUAAAUGAUGCAGGGUUGCUUGUGGAUUAUGUCGAAGCACGUAGCCCAGCGUUGCAAAAAGUUGAACAAUUCGACCAAGAUGUUGUAUUGUUUGUUGCAGCGAAAUUAGGCAAGACUCGUCUGAUUGACAAUUUACAAGAUCGCCAUGCCAUGAAGCGCAUACUUAUCGUAACAGGACAGUCUGGUUCAGGUAAAUCAUCUGCUUUGCAGGUGCUUGAAGAUUUGGGUUAUUACUGUAUCGAUAAUUUGCCUUUGGCAUUGCUUCCUGAAAUCGUUGAAAAGCUGGAUAGAGAAAACAAUUUAGAGUUAUUGGCACUCGGUGUCGAUGUUCGAAGUGCCAAAGAAGAUUUACAAGGUUUUGAUCAGUUACAGAAACAUGGCAGUGUAGACGUUAUUUAUUUAACGACUCGUGAUCAGGAGUUGAUUUCACGUUUUAGUGCAUCGCGACGUCCACAUCCUUUAUCAAACCGCUUCCAAAGUUUGAAUGAAUGUAUUCAAGAAGAAAAAAAUUUAUUGCUCCCAAUUCAACUGCGAGCAACAGUACAUAUCGAUACAACGGAUAAAAGUGUACACGAUUUAAAAGAUACCUUAUUGUCCAAACUGGGACAGUCCGAUAAACUCAUUUUAAUUUUGCAAUCUUUUGGUUAUAAACAUGGUAUUCCAUUAGAUGCAGAUUUUGUUUUUGAUGUAAGGCAUUUGCCGAAUCCACAUUGGGAUUUAGAGUUACGUAAAUAUUCGGGUUUAGAUGAACCAGUACGUAAAUUUUUAGAAGCCAGCGAGCAAGCAAAUGAGAUGUAUCAAGACAUCUAUCAGUUUUUAAAUAAGUGGUUGCCUGCUUUUUCGGAAGGUCAUCGUCACUAUAUUACAGUGUCAAUUGGCUGUACGGGGGGGCAACAUCGUUCGGUUUAUAUUGUGGAUAGGUUGAAAAAGGCUCUUGAGUCGAAAUGGACUAUUCAGAGAAAUGAAGCACUGGUCAUGAUUGACACAACUGUUGACGUAAUUAAUAAAUUAGGAUUACAUGCGCGUGCAUCUGGAAAACUAAUCGAAGUCACGACUAAAUUUAAAUGCUCUAUUCAAAUUGGUAAGGGUGACAAGUUAGUCGAUGCCAAGAAUAUCCUUUCUUUACUUAUGCUCGGAGCUGGUAAAGGAACCACCUUGCGUCUAGUGAUUGAUGGUGCAGAUGAAGAAAAAGCUUUGUCUGAAGUUCAAGCACUGUUCGCAGAUAAAUUUUACGAGGCAGAAUAA